GCGGAUUCCUCGGGGCGGGGCGCUGGGUGGAUUCUUUACUCCUGAGACACUGGGGCUUAUGGAUUCCAGUUUCCGCAUCAUUCUCUGUGCCCUUGACCUUGAUGGUCCCUGUCUGGGAAUGUCCUUCCUCAUGAAGCCUCCUGCAGUGGGCCCCAGUACUGCUAGGGGUGCUAGGAGUAAAGGAAGAACACAAGGUGGAAGAAUAGUGGAGUCGCGGUACUUGCAGUAUGAAAAGAAAGCCCCCAGAAAGGCUCCUGCAGCAGAUGCAUUAAAGGCCGGUGGGACGAUGCCUGAAGGUGGAACAAAAUCCAGCCAGCUCCAAAAGAGCAAAGAUGGCAGUGGACUUGACAAAGGCAACCUGCAGUCUACCUUGCUGGAGGGGCAUGACACUGCCUUGUCUGACCUGGAUCUCUCAGCCAUUCACGAUAAAAGUGUGGUCCGAAAGACUCCACAAUUAAAAAAAAAGUCAAAGAAAGCCGAGUUGUCAUCCUCUUCUGCCGCGAGUGAAAAGAGCCCAGAUCUGUCACAAGCAAUGGAAAUGAUGGAGUCCCAGACUCUCCUUCUGACCCUGCUGACCGUGAAGAUGGAGAAUGGCCUGUCUGCAUUCGAAGAACAGGCAGAAAAGAACCUAGAAAUAUUGUGUAAAGAGAAGGAGAAACUCCAGAAAAAGGCUUAUGAGUUGAAGCGCAGGCUUCUCCUCUGUCAGAAGAAGAAGGAGCUGGAGGAUUUCCUGGAUGCACAGAUUGAGAUGCUGAGCCCCUUGGAGGCUGUGGCCAGCCGCUUUCGGGAACAGUACAAGACAUUUGCAAUAGCCCUGGACACCACACGGCAUGAGCUGCCCGUGAAAUCAGUCCACCUGGAUGGAGACAGGCAGCUCUUCUUAGACGAGUUGCAGCAGGAAUUGAAGACCACACGCCAUCUGCUGGGAGAACUUGGCAUUGGCAGCUCAGAAGACAAUGCAAAGGCCUUUGACGUGCUGAGGGAACUCAGGGAGGUGAUCCAGAAGAAGGACCUGGAGCUCCGAAGGAGCGUUGACCAGGUUCUGGAACUUUCCGCCGAGGCAAGUAAAGAAGCAGCCUUAAUCAACCAGGAUGUCUGGGAAGAGGCCCAAGGCCCCGAGGCCCUCAGCCGGUGGUAUUUUAAUCCCAAGGAGGCCACUGAUGGGGAAACUCAGGAGAUCAGGAGCCCCUUGGGCCACGACGAACUGUGAAUCCACAUGCAGAGUGUGUCCCCACCCCAUGGGGAAGGACGCACGUCCUGUGCCCCUUGUUCCGGGGUGCAGGGAACCUGCAGCGACCCCCCGGGUUCUUCAGACUUGCGCACUUUACGCACUUAGCCUAGCCGUAUAGUUAUUUUUGUGUGAUAAUCUCAUUUGAUAAUUUAACAAAUAAAAACUGUUUUGCAAUGGA